AUGGGCGACGUUGGCAGCGGCAUCGGCCGCGGCAGUGGCGGUGGCAGCAUUAGCGACAGAAUCAGCGACAACAUCAGUGGCAGUGGCGGUAACAGCAUCGUAAGCAGCGGCAACGGCAGCAGCAGCGACAGCGUCUGUGGCAAUGGCGGUGUCAGUGUCAGCGUCAACAUUAACUGCAGUGGCGGUGGCAGCAUUAGCGACAGAAUCAGCGACAACAUCAGUGGCAGUGGCGGUAACAGCAUCGUAAGCAGCGGCAACGGCAGCAGCAGCGACAGCGUCUGUGGCAAUGGCGGUGUCAGUGUCAGCGUCAACAUUAACUGCAGUGGCGGUGGCAGCAUUAGCGACAGAAUCAGCGACAACAUCAGUGGCAGUGGCGGUAACAGCAUCGUAAGCAGCGGCAACGGCAGCAGCAGCGACAGCGUCUGUGGCAAUGGCGGUGUCAGUGUCAGCGUCAACAUUAACUGCAGUGGCGGUGGCAGCAUUAGCGACAGAAUCAGCGACAACGUCAGUGGCAGUGGCGGUAACAGCAUCGUAAGCAGCGGCAACGGCAGCAGCAGCGACAGCGUCUGUGGCAAUGGCGGUGUCAGUGUCAGCGUCAACAUCAACUGCAGCGGCGGUGGCAGCAGCGGCAGUGACGGUGAUAGCGUCGUCAGCGGCGGAAGCAUUGCCGGCAGUGGCGGUACCAGUAGUGACGUCUGCGUUAGCGGCAGCGGCCGCAGGAGUGGCGUCAGCAAUAGCGACAGUGGCAGCAGCAGCGUCUGUGGCAAUGGCGGUGUCAGUGUCAGCGUCAACAUCAACUGCAGCGGCCGUGGCAGCAGCGGCAGUGACGGUAACAACAUCGUUAGCGGCGAAAGCAUUGCCGGCAGUGGCGGUACCAGUAAUGGCGUCAAAAUUAGCGCCAGAGGCAGCAGGAGUGGCGUCAGCAAUAGCGACAGUGACAGCAGCGGCGACAGCGUCUAUAGAAAUGACGGUGUCAGUGUCAGCGUCAACAUCAACUGCAGUGGCGGUGGCAGCAAUGACAGUAGCGGUAAUAGCGUCGUCAGCGGCGGAAGCAUUGCCGGCAGUGGCGGUACCAGUAGUGACGUCUGCGUUAGCGGCAGAGGCAGCAGGAGUGGCGUCAGCGAUAGCGACAGUGGCAGCAGCGGCGACAGCGUCUGUGGCAAUGGCUGUGUCAGUGGCGGUGUCAGCAUCAGCUGCAGCGGCGGUGGCAGCAGCGGCAGUGGCGGUAACAGCGUUAACGAUACAGUGGCGAGUUGA